AUGACCAACAUAGUCGUGUUUAUUAUUGUCUCGGGACUUCUACUCUUCACAGCCGCAGAGCCGAAGGAUACCGAUGUCCUGCAGGACUUUCAAUAUAUAAAUCAGCUGAGAUCAUUACGGCUUCUGAUUGCUGACCACAUCGAGGAUAAUGCAACCCAUGAUUUUGCACUCCAGCUGCCGAAAGUGCCAAGCCAAGAGGAUCUCUUGUGUCUGAGCGAUUGGACUCAGUUCUUGACGGCUCUUAAAGCUGGAAAAUAUUGGGCCUUGAAAAUGAUCGAUGCAUGGGGGUCUAUACCAUCGGGAAUCCUAACUGGAAACGUAUACGACCUGGGAAAUUUUGAUGAGUGCCUGGGUAUCAGAACAGAGGCCAGCCUAGGAAGAACCAUUCGGGGCAAGUACUGCCUUCUCUUGUCUUCUCCUGGAAAAAUGGUCGGAUUGGGUGGGUCAAUUAUUGAAAGGUUGUCCUUAAGGACUGCCACUUGUUUUCCCGCUUCCUGCUCGGCUGCUCACAUGAACACGUUCAUGGGACAAUUGAUGAAGCAGUUCUUGAAUUCAAGUAUUCCCACCAACGGAUUGAGUAUAAGCGAGAGCACUUGCCAGACAGAUGAACCAGAACCUUGGGAUGGACUUACCAUUUUCACAGUGGUGAUCUUAUCACUGAUGGGUUCUAUUGUGGCUAUUUUUACGCUGUACGACUACUUUUUCUGUGAAGACCAAGAUAAGCUUCCAGCAGUUGUGAAGGUUUUCUCGGCCAGGGUAAAUUCCCGGGCUCUAUUCCGCGUUGUGGAGAACAAGAGCAACCCAAAUGUAAUCGAUUGUCUUCACGGAAUUCGUUGCUUAUCUCUUAUCUGGGUGGUCUAUUGCCAUCAAUACACAAUGCAAACCCUGGGAGCAAACCUUAAUAUUGUGCUCUAUAAAAGCUGGUCCGAGUCAUCGUCAGCCAGUUUUGUUCUCCACGGAUUUUUCUCUGUAGACUCAUUCUUCUUCUUGGGAGGAAUGUUGGUGUCGUUGAUUGCGUUGCGAUCGAUGGACAAAACCAAAGGAAAAUUGAACGUGCCACUGAUGUACCUUCAUCGCUUGAUGCGCAUCCUUCCUGUUUUGGCAAUAGCAAUUCUGGUUUACAUAAGAAUCAUGCGAAUUGUGUCGGGAGGACCAAUGUUCAAAGGCGGAUAUAUGGCAACAUCGAUUUGUGAGAGCAACUGGUAUUGGACAUUGCUGUUUGUAAACAACUAUACGAAGGAGGGGUGUCCUGGCCAUACCUGGUACUUAUCGGUGGACAUGCAGCUAUUCAUCCUCUCUCCGAUCCUGCUAAUAUCCCUUUACAAAUGGGGCAAGAAGGCAGCAGCAGGAAUAGUCGUUCUCAUAGUCCUGCUCUCUGGCUGCCUCUUUGCCACGAUGAUGGUGAAUAACUACUCAAUGUUGAUAAAGCACACGAGUAAUAAUGCAACGCGGAAGUUGUACUUGGCAACCCACACACACGCUGCUCCUUGGCUAAUUGGGUUCCUGUUUGGAUACUUUGUGUACUUGAAUAGGGGCAAGAAGUUCCAGUUAAGCAGGAUAGCUGUGUGGUUGGGAUGGAUUCUCUGCCUGGGCAUGAUCUUCACAUCGAUAUUCGCCCUUUAUCCGGAUGCAAAAUGGAGUGAUCCUGGUCCGUCUACGCUGGCAGAGUCCUUCUACUACACUCUCACUCGAGUGGGCUGGCCAUUGGCCCUUUGCUGGGUGGUCUUUGCCUGCAUGCAAGGAUACGGAGGAUUGGCCAACAGUUUCCUUUCCUCCCCGUUGUGGCAGCCACUGUCGAGACUCUCCUACUCCGUGUAUAUGUGGCAUAUGUUCAUUCAGGAGAUAAACGUUAGAAGUGGCCGAACGAAUUCCUACUUUUCGGAAUACAGAGUGAUGCUUGCAUUCUGGUCCACUUUUGGCCUCACACUAUUGUUUUCCUAUUUUAUGCAUCUAAUCAUAGAGGCGCCCUUUGGAGGACUUGACAUUUUCCUAAGGCCCAAACCUAAAGUCCCUGCUUCCAUUAAAGCAGAGCCAGAGGUAGUGAAAGAUCAAGGGAAUCAAAUAGAAGAAAGUGGAAUUUCUAACAAAACUCCUGCCGCAUUUGUUGCCGAUUAAAAGUACUCCCAAUAUGCAGCUAGCAUGUAAAUAAAUGUAAUCUAUUGUAGGUUCAA